ACCUGCCUCUGGAUACAAGGAUAAAUUUAUAUGCACUCUAGUAGUGUGGAUCAUGUUCUCGAAGCUACAAACAUGAGUCUGACCAAACUGUGGGAGGCAGUGAAAGACAGGAUUGCCUGGCGUGCUCUGGUCCAUUGGGUCACGAAGAGUCGGACACGACUAAACGACUAAACAAGUGUGGAUUGGAGUUGUAAUACAGUACUGCAUAGUGCGGACUUAGUGUGCUUGCCCAAAUGAUUGGCUAUCACUCUUCUAGAAAUACCUGUGGAAGUUUGUCCCACCCUUCUUCUUUUUUUAAGAAUCCAUGUUCUCUUGAGAUCCCACGAUACAAAGGGAGGUUGAGCUGAGCUGGAGUGCCUGGCCCAAACUCAUCCGGAGACCUUCAUGGCUGGUUGGGAAUUUGAACCCAGGUCUUCCGAGUCCCAGACACAAGUUCUCACACAUUGUAUUUUUUAAGGGAAUGAUUUUGAUGCCUGGGAAGUUGUAAUAACCAAAAGAAGAUGGAAGUGGUGAAAUCAGCCCGUUCCGAAGACUUCAGCAACACCAAAGAACCCCCUGAGAAACUGCAGUCUCUUCUUUUGGACAGCCUGGUGGAUGCUACUAAGGAAGCAACUGAUGUCCCCAAUCGCCUUGUGGAAUCCAAGAUUUUUAGAAAGCUUGUAAGAAAUGAUGUCAUACAGGCUAAACCUGCCAUCAUGCACUUUGGAGGGUAUAUAAUGGAACAACAUCAGCAACAAGAACUGAAACUUCUCAAUAUUUCAAGCGAAGUUAUAAAUUUCCAUGUUAUUCCACCGGAGACAAAGUACUUUCAGAUCAAAUACAGCAAAAUACAACGGCUUGUCCCUGGCUUGUCCUUCCCAAUUACGGUUGAUUUCUGUGCUGAUGAAUGGCGAUAUUAUUAUGACUGCAUUAGAAUCCAUUCUCAGGGAGAUGACACAUUGCUGAUUCCUCUACAUGCCUAUCCUGUGAUGAACACUGUAGAAUUUCCAUCCUUCAUUACUUUAUCUGAUGUUUCUCUAGGACAAUGUAAAGAAUAUAUGAUCCCCCUGGAGUGCAGCUGUCCCAUAGAUUUUGAGUUCCACAUAGAAUAUCUUCAGCCUCACAAAGCCUUUACGGUUCAUCCAACAUCUGGAAUAAUUCCUGCCAAUGGGAAAGUAGAAAUUAUGGUAACAUUUGCACCAUUUGAAUACGGAACAGCCCAGAUGAAAAUGGAGUUGUGGAUUUCACAAUUUAACUCAAAACCUUAUGUAUGUGCAUUCACAGGAACAUCAUCGCCACACUCUACAUUAACGAAAGCAGACUUUGAGAAGCAAGAAGCAGUUUUGGCGAGAAUACCAAAGUCUCCACAAAAAGCAGUGGCACGGCUACUGCAGAAGACAGCAUUGCCAAAGCCAGAACGGGGCAGUCCCCUACAAAAACCACAGGCCAUUGAGUAUAAAAACUUGAGAUUCCCAGCUGAUUUGUCAAAUCCUUAUGCCGUGGCAACUGUUUUGGUUCAGGAACCAGGCAAAUUAAAGAUUAAAUACUUAAAAGAAGUCCUAGGAGGGCAAGGUGAUGGAGGAGCUAGAACAAGGCAGGUGAAAGAAGCUGUUUUUGAAUUGAAAGUCAAGCAGGACAUACAAGCAGAGCUAACCAAUCAACUUAAAUGGCAGGUUCAUUUAGGCAAAGAACCAAUUACUCCAACUUUUCAAAAGCAAUUUUCUGAAGACCGACAGAGAGAAGUGGAACUGUACAAGAUUAAAAGCGGAGAGCCUAUUAAGGAGAAGGAGUUUCAAAGGAAGCAUGUUCAAGUCUCAGUCAAACGUGUCAUCCGAGACAUUGGCGAGCCCCCGAAAUUCUAUCCCACUUUUGAUCUCCUGCUCAACAACCCUUGGUGUCACAGGCACUGGAAUCUGCGGCGGUUCCAACAAGCUGCUCGAAAGAUCGUGGUUCAUGGCCGGCUCAAUCGUGUGCUAAGUGUGUGGCGUGGAGUAUUAAAAAAUAUUAGAAACCAAUUAGAGGAAGAAGCAUUCCCAGAAAGCAGCAGUUCCGAAACGACCAGCACACUAGCAAUCAGUGAUGAUGGAAGAGUGCCUUGUGUCCUCACGGAAGAUCGCCUGCUGCCUUCUGAAUUCCCCACUUACAGUUCAUCUCGGGCUGAUGAGCUGGCACCUGAAGCUCUCGGUUUAGUUCCUCUCAGGUCUGCAAAUGUUAAGAUUAAACAACUUCACCACUUCUAUGAACUAAAGGUCCCUCAGCAUUUCACCCUCAUGGCAUAUCAGCCAUUCUGUGUGCACCAUGCGGCAACCAGUUACAAAGUUCCAAAAUAUUCCCAAAUUCUGAGGACCGGUGCAGAGGAAGAGUUGAUCCCAGUAAUACCGGCUUCAGAGGAAAAACUCCAGGAACAAGAAGAUGAACUAGACACCACCCUGCUAAACCUCAGAGCUCCCGAAACUUUGCUUCAUCCUCCAACCGAUCAUCCACUUCAAAUUUUCAAUCCUAGCCCAGGACUGUGUGAGUUCAAGCAGCCAUUUCCCUACGCAGAAAGCAGCAUUGAAUAUCAUAUUUGCCCCGUUCCGAAGUAUGAACUUACCAAGCAGUUCCCACCAAAAUCCUGCAUACCGGUGACACAGAAGAAGUUCCUUCAUCACAGGGAAGUGAUUUACGGCCUAACCACCUGGAGAAAAUUCCCAUCAGUUAUCCAGUCAACUUUAACUAAUGUACCUGUCUUGAACAACAUAGCAAUGCCAUUCUGCAUUGAUCCCUACAAUGAAGUCAUGAUUCCAAAAGCUGUACCUCCAAUACUGCAUGAGUUACCGGAGCAUGAUAAGGAAAGUGUAAUUGAUGAGGUGGCUGACGUGGAGUCUCCAGUGUUGCUUAUACCAGAGAUGGUAAAAGCUGAAUUUCCACAGACUGAGCUCUCAUCUGAUGAGAACAGAUCACAAAAGUAUGGAAGUGAAAUAAAUACAGAGUUUAAAGCUGCCUCCUGCACAUCUGUGACUACUGCACCUGUAUCCAGAGAUAUAAGAGACAUUGUGGACUGGUAUAUUCAAUCUCAGAACAACGUUUUUGGACAAAAGAUAGGUGAAUCUAUGGAGAAACUGAGAGACAAGGCCAUUCAGAAGCAGCUAAGCCUCAACUAAAUACUAGGCUGAAAUAGUUUCAUGCAUCAGCCAGACUUUCUACAUUUUUUUAUGUAGCAUAGCUUCUUGCGAAAAUAAAAGCUCUACACACUGUUAUAUUUUCACGUGAGGACCCUGAACAUUGCAAAUUAUAUGCCACAUGAAUUGGAAGUCUAAUAUGUUUCAUUUCCCCUCCAUACCUAUACAUCAGGUGCUGCAGAAAAUGGGCUGUAUUAUGUAUCAGCUGGCUUGCAAGAGAAGCUUCACACACUAACAGAGAGAAAGGUUGAGGGGGAAACACCAGGUGAACAGUUAAUAUCAGUGGUGGGAUGCCCUCCCAUCUUUAGACAGUGCUGUUUCUGAGAAACCCUGUGUCUAGAUUCUUUGACAACCAUGUUGCUAUGUAUAUAUAUUUUGCCAUAUACAUGUUUGGUCCACAGCUUAGCCACCUGUGCAUACACAGAGAGAAAGAGCACAGUGUUGUGUAUCUUGUGUGACAGCAUUAAUUGCUUUCUGAUAAAAGGUAGAAAAAACUGAUACGCUCUAUAUUUGAGUUCAUUGCCUUCUGUUUAAUUGUGGAAUUACAACAAUUAUGAACCUCAGACUCUAGCCUGGACUAUUUGACUUUCUUGAUUCAAAGGGUCACUGUUUCCCCUCAGGAUGUUGCAGGUAAGUAGAUUAGGCAUAAUGAGACAGCACAGUGAAGGGGAUUGAAAGCGAAUUAUCACAUCGGCCCUGUCAUGGGCCUAUCAAGGAGCGGUCUGGUUGCAUUUCAGGAGCUGUCUCAGUGACAGACAGCGUUAAAUAAAAAGUUUGGUUGGAAACAAGAACUUAGCCUGAGGAAAUGUCAUGUAAACUAAUGUCUGUAAAUAAGUUUUCUAGUAUUAAAUACAACAAAACAAAUUUGCCUCAUUUCCCCCUAGUUUUUAAUUGGAUUAAUUUGGCAAGCAGUUGUUUUUCUCUGCAUUGUUCUCUGGUCCGGCCCGGUUUCAUGUAGACGUUUUAUCACCUAGUGUAAAAUACAUAAAAUUCUAAGCUAUCCUUUAUCACUGACACCCCCAGUUACAUAAGAAGUGGUGAUUUAUGGGCUUUAUUAAUUGGGAAAUUGGGAAAAUGCUUAAGAUUUUCAUAAGCUGAUGUCUGUGGGGAAACGCCAUGUUGCUUAACAUCAGUAUCCUUGUUUAGUGCAAUAUAUAUUGCCAGCC